CUUUCUCACACUGCUGCUAGUCCUUUCAUAGCCCUCCACUUUCAAUAUAUGCUGUGGGGCAUUGAUCUUUUCUGGCAGAAAGAAAAAGAAAAAGGCAUCUUAUGCAUGAGUUAAAAUUAGCAGAUCUCUAAAAGUCCACCGACACUGGAGGCCAAACAUCAAGUUGCUGUCGAGGGGAUUGUGAAUUAAUCGCUCAGUUAAAUGAAAAUGGGUUUGAAAGGGAUCGGCUUUCUGCUCCAGUGUUACCUGAUGUUGGCAGCAGGUAUGUAUUUUGAUCUUGGAGAGCAAGAAGAAAAAUGCAUCAUUGAAGAGGUUCCCGAAGACACACUAGUGACAGGUUACUUCUUGUUGGAGCCGUGGGACAAGAAGGCCCCCAGCCACACACCCCACCUCGGCGUCACUGUGACGGUCAGAGACCAUAGCCAGGAGGUUGUCAUGUCCAAACGCUAUGGAAAAUUUGGCAAAUUGACCUUCACAGCUCACCUCUCCGGUCACCACUACCUUUGUUUCCAGACCAACUCCACAAGGUUUUCCGUCCAUGCUCAAGAAAGGCUGAAGAUACAUCUGGAUGUUCAGAUGGGAGAACACCCGACUGAUCCCAGUGCCGACAGGACCAAAGACAACUUUGAGAGUCUAGAAAGCAGUCUCAGUCACCUCACAGAUCAGAUGAUGUACAUCACAAGGCAGCAGGAGUAUCAGAGGGAGAAGGAGGAGGUGUUUCGUCAGAUCAGCGAGGAGACCAACAGCAAGGUGUUGUGGUGGGCUCUGAUCCAGACCUCCAUUCUUCUGUCUGUAGGUUUCUGGCAGAUGAAACGACUCAAAGACUUCUUCAUCGCCAAGAAACUGGUGUGAUGGUUAAACUUUGACCUGUACAGGUGUAUUUGGUAUACACUGUAAUGAAAGAAUAUGCAUUUUAGAUAUCAACAAAUUAAAAACCCUGUCAUUUGUUUAACAGCUUUUAUAUAAUAAACAAUGUAGAAGACUAUGUUGGAGUAAAAAGAAUAACAAUAAU